CAAUGCUGCAGGGAGGAAGGUAAAUGAGCAGCAAUCCUCAUUGAUGCCUAUAUCCAACCUAAUAAAGAGGGUCUCUUAUCUAGUGUGGUCUGACCUUGUAAGCCCCUCAUGUUGUGUUAAUUUUUUUGAAUUCCCAACUACCAUUUUUAUUCUGCUAUUUUUUGAGCUGCCGUAUAAAGAGAUUCUAAAAGACAUUUCUAUGCAAAUUGAUAUAUAAAGUAGUAAUCAGCAUAUAUAAUAGUAUAUAUUUGAUGCAUUUCAGUUAGAAAUUUAUACUUUCAUUAUGGCAUUCAAGUUUUAUAAUGAAAGUUUAAUAUUUUUUCUUCCAAAGAUUUGAACCUUUCUGGUUGGUGAUAGGUAUCAUAUUUUCAAUCAUUUACAAUUUUUCAGUCUCAUUCCAUAUUAAACGGCUUAAUACUUUGUCUUAAUAUGCAAAAGAUAAUUUACUUAUAGUAAAUGCAUAUUUAAACACUUGUUUAGAAAAAAGCUUCAAGGUAUUGCAAGAAAUGGCUUCUUUGAUGGCAUGGGUAACAGUUAAAAUUGAUCGUAGGAUUUUUUUUGUGAAACAGCUAGGAACUUGAAAGGUGACUUGAAAGUCAGUCUACUUUGGAGUCUAUAUAAUAUGCAGUUCUGUUAAAUGUAUACCAUUUUUAUAGGCUUAUUGCAGUUCCUGUUCUCUAAACGAGAGACAGUUUGGUGCAGUGGUUAAGCAUCUGGGAGACGUGAGUAGUCCCACCCUAGGCAUGAAGGUGAUCUUGGGCCAGUUAUUUUCUCUCAGCUUUAAGAAGGAGGCGAUGGCCUCCAACAUGAUUGAACAAAAGGAAAAAAAAAUAUCUACAUAAAAUCAAUAUCAGUAUGUUUUUCUUGUUAGCAUUCAUUAUAUGGCAGGCAGAAGAGCAUUCUAACAACCUGCAGAUGGAAUCAGAAGCUAAAGAAGGAGAUGAAGAGAGCCUGCAAACAGCUUUCAAAAAGUUGAGAGUGGAUCCAACUGGAUCUUCUGUUAGUGAAGGAACAGGAUUGCGAACUCCAGGCAGAGCAACUGUUGAUGGAGGCUGGCAUCAAAUUGUCUGUUCAAGAGAGAUUUGGCACCGAAGUGCACGGAAAUCCUUGAAAGGGACAACAAGACCACAACGACGCAGGCGUUCCAAAUCUCCUGUUCUUCACCCCCCAAAGUUUACAUACUGCAGCAUAAAAGCAUCUUCUGUAAAUAACCAACUGAAACACAAAAGUCAGAUUGAUGCUCCAAAGAAUAAAAUCAGUCCAGAUCCUAGAGUUUCAGAAGAGCUGUACCUAAAUGGAAAGAGGUGCCCACUUUUAGACAACAGCAACUGCAGAAAAAGCAGAGCAGGACAUCAGAAAACAUGUACUGGUGAGCAGCCUUCCAAGAAUUUAGGAAGAAAAUGCCAUACUUUUUCUUUGACCUUUGAAACCAGCCUGGAUCCUAGCCAGCCUUCAGAUUUCCAGUCUCUCUCCAAGAUGAGUUAUGAGAAGCAGUGCCCAUACAUGGACAAAGAAUGGCAAGCAAUAGAAACAUACUCCUUUUCCGGUUUGCGGAGCGUCUUAUCAGAGUGUGAAAAGGCAGUCCUGGAAGUGCGUUCACAAUCUUUACCAAAUCGAUCACCUUCUAGUACAGGUUCGUCUGGCUCUGUCCGGUCUUGUUCGGAGCAAGCUCGAGUCUUUGUGGAUGAUGUGACUAUUGAAGAUCUUUCUGGGUAUAUGGAAUAUUACUUAUAUAUUCCCAAGAAAAUGUCUCACAUGGCGGAGAUGAUGUACACUUGAGAUGAGAAUCAUGGGUUUAAAAUUCAGUGGUGGUAGUGAAUAUUUCCUCAGUGCUGUAGAUGGAAAUGUGUCCAUUGUCAAUGCUGCGUGUUUGAUCAAAUGUUUAUUUGCACCAUAUAAUGUAGUUUUUUAAAUAAAGUUUAAAAAGGCGAUAUAUGUUUA